CAAAGGUAGAUUCAUAAUAUCUCAUCUUGUAGUACUGCUGGGAAAUCGUCAAGAGUGCAUCACGUUACUAAGUGUUUAAUUUAUCUCGCACAGAGGACAUCUUCAUGAACUUAUGCUUUUCUUUGACUGCACUGCUCUGAGAGCUCCAGUGAUGUCUGUGUUCCAGAUCAUCAUCAUCAUCAUCAUCAUCAUCAUCAUCAUCAGCUCUGUGUUUCUACACACUCACUCAGCUGAUGAUCUCUAUUUUGCCGUGAUGCCUCAGACAGUAACAGCUCUGACAGGCUCUUGUGUGCAGAUUCCUUGCACAUUCAACAUCUCCAAUUUUGAGGACAAACUUAAAAAGACAAAAUCUAUUAAUGGGAUCUGGCUAAAAAAUAAAUCACAGUUUGCUGACAAUGACAGUUUCAUAGCUUUUAAUAGCAGUAAAAACAUCAUUAGUGGAUUUAGUGACAUACAGAUAACUGGAGAUCUCAGUGAGAGGAACUGCACAACUGUCUUCUAUAACAUCAUGAAGAAUCAUUCAGAUCUCUACUACUUCAGACUGGAAAUGGAGCCAAAUGUGUUCAGAGCAACAUUUAACCCCAAUCAACCUGAUUCAAGGAAGACUGUGAACAUCAGUGUCAUAGAUUCACCACAUCCUCUCAUCCUUAAACCUACUGAUCUGAAAGAAGUGAUGGAGGAAACAACAGUCAAUCUGAGCUGCUCUGCUGAAGCCCCCUGCCCCGAACAACCUCCUACAAUAUCCUGGUCCAGCAUCCCUGAAUCUGCCCACAUUACAACGCAGUUACAGGAGAAACAUGAUAAAACACAGUCACUGUUUUCACACAUGACCUUCAAAGCUUCAUACAUGGAUCACAGAAGGAACAUCUCCUGCACUGUUACAUAUCCAAGAAAUACACUUGAAGACUCAACUGUGGAGACCAUUGUGAUGCUACGAAUCCUGUUUCCUCCAAAAGAAACUCACAUCACCAUCGAUUCAUCUGCUUCAGUCUCUGUUGGCACUAAUGUGACUUUGACCUGCAAAAGCAAAGCCAAUCCAUCAAAUGACAUGAACUACACCUGGUACAAACAUGGAUAUGACACGCCUAUAGCUCGGGGAAAGAAGAUUAGUUUCAUAGUAACUAAUAAUACAGGAUUUUACUUCUGCACUGCACAGAAUAAACAUGGAAAACAGUCAUCAGCAGAGAUCCAGCUCACAGCUGAAGGACAAGAUGGACAAUCUAUGCCUCUGAUUGCUGGUUGUGUGGGAGGAAUUGCAGCAGUGCUCACUCUCUCUGCUCUUGGUUUUUGUACAAGGAGAAAAAAAAUCAAUAAACCCAGUGACAAUGAGAAGGAUCCUUCUGGUCAGGUCAAUAAGAUUUUGGAUGAUGAAACACUGAUCAUCUACUACGAAAAGACUGAAAACCCAAAGCAGCAGAACUACUGCAUCACAGAGACACACUUCAAACAUGAUGAAUACACAGAAAUAGAGUACAGAGUAUUUUAGGAUUUGUAGACUCACUUAAAGGGUUAGUUCACCCAAAAAUGAAAAUUCUGUCAUUUAUUACUCACCCUCGUGGCGUUUUACACCCAUAAGACCUCCGUUGAUCUUCCGAACACAAAUUA